AUGUCGGUUCGGGGAUUCCACAAGCCCGUGGCGCAGAGCAGGGCGAGAUUAUUUGAUCGUGCAGGACGGAGUGGCUCAGAUUUCUCUCCUUUAGUUGAUGCUUUUCACCCUUCCUUUCCAGCCUCGGUUGAGGAUUACAUCUCAGAGACGUGUGAAUUGAACACGGAAGCCCCAACACUCGGCCGGCCCGCUAAUGAUAACAAUUGCCUAGACGGGUGCCCCUGUCAUGGUAACCGCUUCGGGAACAAUGCCCGAUGUCGAGUGAACAACGCUUCGAUGAAUUGGGACUCUGCGGAGACUGACAGCGCAAGCGAUGCCCAUUGCUACCAUGCAGAGGGUCAUGGAGAUACCCUUUCGCGCGGCACUAAUGGUCUCCUGUUCAAAUUGCCUUCGGAGGUGUCAGACCUGAUACUAUCAUACCUGUCACCGGCAGCGCUCGAUGCUGCUAGGCACACUUGCAAAGGUUGGCGGACGAGGAUUUUGUCCAAUACUUGGGUACUAGCCUCAGUUCUCGGCGUCGAAGAGAAAACGCCACCGUUGGAUGCAUCACCAGGGGGUAAAAUUAGCCAUCGAGAUCUUCUGAAGAAUCUGGAUUGUGACAGCGACCUACCUGCGACUUCCCAGCACCCAGACGCCUGGCGUACCCGGUUCCGAACGCGAAACUUGGAGUUCUCAAUACCGUCGCCAUCUUCGACACUGACGAGGCCCGCUUUUGUUGCUGCCACGAGGACGGGUACUCAAAAUGGAUUUCUGGCCUUCCAGCUACAAGACUCGGCCCAAAGUACAGGGAAUCGCUUGAAAAACACAUUGGUUAUCUACCGCUUCGAUUCGGCUGACCUUCCAUGGUAUGCUGGCUCCAUUCACAAUGUUGGAGGCCAAGGCGCACUGCGUAUCAUGGGUGUAGCCGAAGUCAGACGUCACGCGGAAUGGGUACUAAAGAUAGAGAUCGGCGAUACUGCUGGGCUUUACUCAUUGACUGCUCGCAAAGCCUUUUCGAAGUCUGAUUCCCGGUUCUCAUUGACAAUGUUGAAACCUUUGGAGAAAGUACCUGGCAUAUCACCUGACAGAUUCACAAUCCCAGGAGUCGAUGGACCUCCUGAGCCCCUCCCGAGUGGCGACCAGUCUUGGAAUGUUUUGACACCUUUUCCGCCGAACGGAGGACUUCGCCAUGUUUGUUUCUCAGAAGGCCUCCGCAAACACGCAGAGCCUCGCUUCCUGGCUGAGCAGACGAAAACCGGCAAUAUACAUGUUAUAAUGGAAGUCGACCCCUCCGAAAAGCGGUCUCAAUACGCCAGCUAUUCGCAGUCAAGAUCUCUAUCAAAUGGUUCUGAAAGAGGCAAUCACUACUUCACGGGCACAGCGCUUUUGUCCCGCCCUCGACCAAAUUCGGUCUAUAAAAAUGUCGCGGUCGCACCAACCACUGUUAAAGAUGGGAGUAUUCGAGCCGCCAUUGUUUGGCAGACCACAGAUUUUGAGGAACCAAUAUCCGAGCUCUACAUUUACGAUAUCCCAGAAGCGAUUUACUAUGAACCCUGUAGAUCAUAUAAUCAAAAGAUCUCGAUAAACGUCUCUGCAACCUCUGAAGAAUUCGGUGAAAAUGCAAUCCUACGACCUUGCCGCCUUGUCCAAGGGAAGCGUGUCACGUCCCUCGACCAGCACAUGGGUGGCACCCAUCCAUCUAGUCCUCUCCACCGCCGUGCAAUUCCACAAGAGACAGCACUGGGCGGCCUCCAAUUCCCCCAUACGACUGAGAAUCAGGAGACCUACCCACGAAACGUGCAGUACCAAAAGUGCUUUGCUUGGGGUCCAGCCACUUCUGAUGGGGCAUGCACACAAAUGUCCUUCAAGGUCUUCGAUUUCAGCUUCGCCGACCCGCAACGCUUGCACUCCCUCAUCACCUACGGCGUAGGAGCGGGGCAGCGACGGGAUCAAAAACAUCAUAACAUAGCGCUCAAUGCCCUUCAUUGCGCAUGCGCGUUGCAUGACGAUGCUUUCCGGAUCGUUGUCCCCAACGUCACAAUCGUCGAGGCCAAGCCCGCCAUGAAGCGCGACAAUGCGGGUGAGAGCGCUCCGUCCUGGCCGGAGAAACCCGCUACUCCGAAGGUAAUCUUGUCAUUCAGCGGGAUCGGGUGGUCCUUUUGGCCGCGGAAACCCGCGUCGGCUCCGGACAGCGCGCAAAGCGUCGGUAGCUUAUCGCGCGAUGAUUCAUUGGCGAGGCGGGCGGCGCUGGAGAGACGGCAGGAGUGGCUGCGGGGUCGUAUCCUGGGGAUGAAAAGGGUGGGGCUGACGGAUUUCGAGAUCGCGGAGCUCUGGAACAUGAGCGCUUGGACGCGGUACGGGCAGGUUAGGAAACCGGAGGGAUGGCAGGAGUUGGGGAAGGGUCACGGAGGAGAGUGCGUAUGA